CCUUGGUUGAUUUUACGGAUAAACAGUUUAAAAAAAAGUACAGAUUUAGGAAGAAUGAAGUGUUAAGGAUCAUGGACAUGCUAAAUAAUCAGGAGAUGGACAGGGCAACUCAACGUAGUAAUUCAUUGUCGAAAUCUCUUCAACUCUGCAUCGCACUGAACUUCUUUGCCAAGGGAUCCAUUCUCGACGAGAUCGCCACCAAUCACAUUGUUGAUCCCGGAACUGUAAGCCGGUGCAUUCAUACUGUUGCCCAAGCAUUGUGUGAUAUCAAGGGCCAAGUAAUCAAGUUUCCAACUGAGGAGGAGGAAGUAGCUCGAAACAUGGCCGAUUUCCAUCGCAUUGCGAAUUUCCCGAGAAUUAAUGGCAUCAUUGAUUGCACACAUGUAGGAAUGCAUGGUACUAAACUAGGGCCACAUGAAUAUGUUUAUAGAAACCGUCAUCAACAGUACUCUAUCAACGUGCAACUUGUGUGCGAUCCUAGCUAUAAAAUCACAAAUGUUGUCGCCCGUUGGCCGGGCUCAACCCAUGACAGCAGGAUCUUGCAGAAUAGCAGAUUGGCCACAAAGUAUAGAGCAGGGAGACUCCAAGGACUCAUUUUGGGUGAUUCGGGGUACCCUCUCCUACCUUGGUUAAUGACCCCCAUCUUAAAUCCGACAACCCCUGCAGAGUUUGCCUAUAACACGGCACACAGAAGAACCCGUGUCAUGAUUGAAGAUGUCAAUGGUCAGCUUAAAAAUAAAUUUCGGUGCUUAUUAGGCCAUGGCAUGCAGAUUCAACCAGAACGUGUAUGCCCAAUAAUUACAGCUUGCUGUGUGUUAUUUAACAUAAGCAAGGAUCUACAAAGGGAACGGAAUGAUGCUGACGACUCAGAUGAGGAUAGUGAUGAUGAGGAUCAGAGGCAGGCUGUGGAAGAUGGCUGUGUUGGUGCCAAUGGGGCUGACAUUAACAGAGAAGUGGACCCUACAGGCACAGCUGUGCGUACAGAUAUUGUAAGGACAUUUGAGACAUGAAUUACAGUUCAUUAUAUAUGUUGAACAGACAAUUACAAAGCAUUGGACUGAAGGAAGCAAUAAGUUUAGACAUAACUUUACACAUUGUGAUGAGAAAGCAAUAUAUUAAAAUCAGCAUGAAGUGAAACAGGACAUUCUUAAAGGACAAGUCCACCCAAACAAAAUGUUGAUUUGAGUAAAAAGAAAAAAAUCCAACCAAACAUAAGAUGUAAAAUAAGUUAUGACAUUUUAAAUUUUCGCUUAAUUUCACAAAAUAGUUUAGGCACAUCUCGGUUGGUAUGCGAAUGAGGGAACUGAUGACAUCACUCACUCACUAUUUCUUUUGUAUUUUAUCAUAUGAAAAAUGAAAUAUUUUGAUUUUCUCCUCAUUGUCAAGUGAAACAGAGUUUUAUUUCUCCCUGGAAUUACCACUGCUUAAUAUUUUAUAGUUCAGUCAAGUUUGUCCUCAUUGUCAGAUCUGCCAAAAUUAAAAUACUGUAUAAUUCGAACAAUAAUAAACAAAAGAAAUAGUGAGUGAGGGACAUCAUCGAUUCUCUCGUUUGCAUGUGACUAAAUAAGCAAAACUUUAAAAUGUCGUAACUUUCUUAUUUUACAUCCGAUUUUGAUGAAUUUUUUAGCAAUAUGCUUGUCUGAUAUUUCUCUAUUGAUUCAAAUUAACAUUUUUCUGAGGUGAACUUGACCUUUAACUUUUCAAUUAUACAGGUUAUCAUCUAUCAAAAUGUGAUAAAAUGAUGGUAAAUAAUCAAUAAUUGUAUGGGCUGUUUAUUCUGUGAUGUACGGGUUUUACCUUUCAUUCAAGUUUUGAAAAACCUGAAUGCUAUUCUGAAUCAUUUUUCUCUUGCAUGAACGAAGUUCAGUAUAGACCAGGGGUGGUAUUCUGAGAUCCAUUUCAUCUCAUAUAAAAUAAGAUAUCUUAUCUCUGUUAAAACCAGUGAGAUAAAAUACCCUUAAAGGGGAAUCCAGCCUUGGCCAUAAAAUGUUGUGUUGGGAAGGAGAAAAAUAAAUUAAACAGAAUGGUGAAAGUUUGAAAGAAAUCGGACAAGCAAUAAGAAAGUUAUAGCUGCUUUAAAAUUGAGAUCACUAAUACUAUGUAGAUUCAAAUUGGCAACUAGGUAAGUAAAUUAUGACAAGUGGCAAGGACAACUUUCCCAUAGUUUUUAUUUGGGUUGGAUUCCCCUUUAACCCCUAAAAGGACUGAUGGCCCCCUCAACGCUUUGCGCAAUAUUUCCGAAACGCAAAAAAUAUAGUGCCGCAAAAUGUUAUGACUUUUUACUUUUAAGUCUCGUGCAACUUUUGAGACCAAUUUUGCCAUAUACGGGUAUAGCAUCGCGACGCCAUGUGACUUUAUACGAGACAAUGUCAAGCCGAAAAUGGCUCAUUUUUAUACUUUGUGUACAAAGUCUAUCGAAGAUGAAAUUCAUAAAAGCGUUUUUUGUUCUGAUUGGUCUGUUUAAUUAAUUUAGGGUUUAAUUUAGUUGUUAAAUGGUCUGUUAUAAUUUCCAAUG